AUGUGUCGUUUUGCAAUGCUGUUGUUUGUGGUGUUGGCGGUGACGGCCGUCGUGGUGACAGAAGCACAGAGAGAACCUUCAGCUUCAAAGUGUCAGGCUGCAACAGAACUAGCAAUAGAGAUUCUGCAGGCAGCGAAAGGCGCUCACACCGGGGUGGUCGUGGGACCCCACAAGAGGAACUCGGAGCUCAUCAACUCUCUUCUGGGUCUUCCCAAGUUCAUGAUUGACGCCGGCAGGAGGUGAUGAGAUGCCUCCCU